AUGGAAUCCCAGGCCAGAAAGCCAGACUGGUACCAAAGGGACGUGCAAAGCAUCAAUGCUGACGCCCAGAGUCCUGGAAAGAUGCGCUUUCUUGCUUUCAACCUCCCUCGCAUGCCAUUCUAUAAUCGGGUUCUGGAACGACUACGAACGGAUCCGUCCACCAACUUCCUCGAUGCUGGCUGCUGUUUUGGGCAGGAGAUUCGUUCCUUGGUAGACCAGGGCAUUUCUGGCAAACAGCUCUUCGGAUGUGACGUAGAGCAGGCAUUCAUUGACUUGGGAUACCUGCUUUUCCGAGACAAAGACCGGAGCCAAUUAUCGCGGACAAUGUCCGGCAAGAUCGAUAUCAUCUUCGCAAGCUCGUUGUUUCAUCUGUGGGACUAUGACACGCAAGUUCGAGCUGCGAUACGCCUGGUUCGAUUGUGUCGGGACAAACCAGGCGUCAUGAUCACGGGGCGACAGCUUGGGAGUCGGCUGGGUGGUCACUACCCAAUGCACGGCGUGAACGAGGAAGCUUUGCACUAUCGGCAUAAUGUCGAGACACUAAAGGGCUUCUGGAGAGACAUUGAAGCCGCUACCCAAACGCGCUGGACGUUGGAGGCGAGCUUCUUUGCAGAUGAAGCGGCUGAGCAGACAAACAAAGUGCGUCCGGUCGAAGAUACUAAUGCAACGAUGAUAUGGUGGUGCGCGACGAGAAAAUAA